AUGCAAGAAGAAGAAGAUAACUAAAAAAAUAGAAAUUUUCAAGUAUGUGUUAGAAUAAGACCUUCUAAUUAAAAAGAAAAUUAAAGAAAAUUCUUAUAUUGUACCGAAGAUACAGUAAAAAAAUAAAAAAAAUAAAAAAAAAAAACUAAAAAUAAUAAGAUAACUUUACAAAACUUAACCCACUAAAAAUUAAAAAACUAAUAAAAAACUUUUAAUUUUGACUAUGUGUUUGACGAAAAUAUUCAAACAGACUUUUUAUUCGAAAAGGCAAUAUAGCCUUCUAUAUAAAAUAUUUUAAAUGGUUACAAUUAUACAAUAUUUGCUUAUGGACCAACAAGUACUGGAAAAUCUCACACAAUUUUUGGGAAUUUUUAACAAGAAGGAAUAACUUUUUUAAUUAUAAGAUAACUUUUUUAAAAUAAUAUAGGGAAAUUUAAAUUUAGUUAUUUACAAAUAUAUAAUGAAAAUAUAAAAGAUUUAAUUCCUUAAAAAAAUUAUUCAUAUGAAUAAUCUCUUAUGAUAAUCGAAGAUCCUUCUAAAGGUGUUUUUGUACCCGAUUUAAGUGAAUAUAUAAUAGAAAAUGAGGAAAAUGUCAAAAAUUUAAUUUUUUUGGGAAAUAAAAGAAGAACAAUGGCAUCGACUUCUUAAAAUUAAUUUUCUUCAAGAUCACAUGCUAUUAUAUAAAUAAGUGAUUUAUAAAAGGGAACAAAAAUUACAAUUAUAGAUUUAGCAGGAAGUGAAAAAAAUGAAAAAAACUAAUAAAUGUAAACUGCAGAAGGUUCCAAUAUAAAUAAAAGUUUAUUAGCUUUAGGAAAUUGCAUUAAUUUGUUAUCUGAUUGUAAUAAAAAAGGAUGUUUUGUACCCUAUAGAGAUUCUAAAUUGACUCGGCUUUUGAAAGAUUCUUUGGGAGGAAAUACUAGGAACAUUAUUAUUUCUUGUAUUAGUGGAAAUUAUAUGAGUUAUUAGGAAACUAUUAAUACUUUAAAAUAUGUGGAAAGGGCCAGAAAUAUUUAAAAAAAUGUAGUAGUAGUUUAAGAGAAUAAAAUUAAUUUAAUACCUUUUGAAGAAUAAGAGGAAGAGUUGAUUAAAUAAGAAAUUCGAAAUUUGAAACAAUAAUAUAUUUAUUUUGAAAAAUAACCGUUUUUAUCAAGUAAAAAUAUUAACUUGAAUACUUCUAUUGAUUUUUUAGAUAAUAAAUGUAAAAAUUAUUAUAUAUUAAUUAAAAAAAUAAAAAAUAUAAUUAAUUAUAUUAUAUGUAUAAAUAUAUAUUAAAUAUAGGUAAUGAUAAAUUGA